AUGGCCAGAGGGCGGGCUGGGUGCAGUGCCAUGAACAGCGCGACGCUGACGGCCCAGAAGUUCAGGCUGCGUAUGCGUGCCACCUCUCCGAAGGUGCCGGGUUUUCUUCUUCUGGGGACUGAUGCUGCCUCUUGCUCUCCGGGAUUGGUUGAGAGUAAACUAGAAAUACUUUCAGGGGCGGAGAAACUGGGAGUGCCCUGGGAGUGCGAGUGGAGUCUAGGCUGCAGAACUGCUAACAGCGGCCCUCGAAGGAGGAAGCCUUUGCCCCGCCGCCCGCGAGGCAGCAGGGUGGCCCACCGCAGAGGCACCGAUCCCCGGAGGCCCCGCCGGCCACACGCUGAGAUGUGGAAUCCCCUGCACGAAGCGGACUCGACCUUUGUCGCCUGGCGCCGCGCGCGCUGGCUGUGCGCUGGGGCCCUGGUUCUGGCCGCCUGCCUCUUCGUCCUCGGCUUCCUCUUCGGUACGGGGGCCCUCGCCACGCACAACCCCGAGCCUACCCGGCUGUUCGGCGGUUCGCGGGACUCCCGGGCCAGCUGCCGCGUGGGGCCAGCUGCUGGUCUCCCGGGGGGUGGGGCAAGAUGGUUUAUAAAAUCCUCCAGUGAAGCUACUAACAUUCCACAGCAUAAUGUGAAGAAAGCAUUUUUGGAUGAGUUGAAAGCAGAGAUCAAGACGUUCCUCUGGAAGUAUAGGGAAGAGGUUACUCCCCAGCACUCUCAGGUAUCCAAAGCAUACGUAAGAAGCUGGCAGUCCGUUGCUUAUUCUGUUGCCGCCACGCAGUCUAAGCACUUUGGGAGCCAGAACCCAAGUUGUAAGAUUACGAUCGUCCACCCAACCAUGGAAGAAUUUGAAGAUUUCAGCAAAUAUAUUGUUGCCAUGGAGUGGCAAGGUGCACACCGAGCUGGCCUAGCCAAGGUAAUUCCACCGAAAGGAUGGAAAGCCAGACAGACGUACGAUGAUACCGAUGACAUCUUAAUAGCCGCUCCCCUCCGGCAGGUGACCACUGGGCAGGCAGGUGUGUUUACUCAGCACCACAAAAAGAAGAAAGCCAUGACCGUGAGCAAGUAUCGCCGCUUAACAAACAGCGAAUGACACCAGACUCCAUCCUACUCUGAUUUUCAGGAUCUGGAGCGAAAAUAUUGGAAAACACGCCCCUAUGAUUCACCAGUAUACGGUGCGGACGUCCGUGGCUCCUUAUUCGAUGAAAACACGAAGCAGUGGAACCUUGGACACCUGGGAACCAUUCAGGACCUGCUGGAACAGGAGUGCGGAGUGGUCAUCGAUGGUGUCAACACCCCCUGCCUGUACUUCGGCAUGUGGAAGACCGCCUUCGCCUGGCACACGGAGGACAUGGACCUUUACAGCAUCAACUACCUGCACUUUGGGGAGCCCAAGACUUGGUACGCGGUGCCCCCGGAGCACGGCUGUCAUCUGGAAUGCCUGGCCAGGGAGCUUUUCCCGGGCAGCUCGCGGGGCUGUAAGGCCUUCCUGCAGCACAAGGUGGCUCUCUUCUUGCCCAAGGUCCUCAAGGACAACGGCAUCCCCUUCAAUCGGGUCACUCAGGAGGCUGCAGAGUUCAUGGUGACGUUUCCCUAUGGCUACCACUCUGGCUUCAACUGCGCGGAAGCCAUCAACCAUAAGCGCUGGAUCGAUUAUGGCAAAGUGGCCUGGGACUAGGGCUCUGCAUGACGUUUGGAAAGAUCUUCGUCAGAAUAAGGGAGAUUUCAGGUGGGACUUUAACAGAGCCAGCAGAUCACUGACAUUCACUAAGUUGACAACAGCCAUCUCAGCUAUGUAUGAGCUGCAGCAAAUCAAUGCAGUCAGUAUUUUGGAAUUGUGCUGAGGCCCAUAUUCACAUAAUGUGGAGGGCAGUGAAGGCAUCUCCUCAGGAGACUUCAGGAGAAAUCCUCUGGAGAAACAGCUACCAGCGAUGUUGAACAUGUUUUCCUGUGCCUCUUGGCAAAGGCUGUAGCUUCUUAUCACUCAAAGCGUGGCCAGGAUCCACAGCACGGACAUCGCCUUUGACUUUGGUGAAGUUCAGGAGUUCAGACUUCGGCCGCAGACCUACGACUCAGAGUCUGCAUGUUAAACUAGAUCCCAGGCUCACCUCAUGGAUUUGCUGUGACUUAGAGGAAAGGCCAGGCUUAUGAAACAGACGGACCUGGCUCAAAUCUGGCUCAGAACUCACUGAUUAUGCCAUCUUGGACAAGCAUCUGAACGC